AUGGUUUUUGAUCCGCAGCAGAGAAGACGUAGUAAUAGGAGGAAGAAGAGUGUGAAGACAAGACAGAUAUUAGAAUGUCAAACUUGCAAGUAG